AUGCAACACGCACACCUGUUGACCUUUGUUAUUUCCAACGUGGCCAUGGACGCCGCGGCUGACGAUGGAUCUUAUUCCGUCUCCUCCUCCUCCUCCUCCUCCUCCUCCUCUAAUCGGGGUCAGGGAAGUGGUCAGUCGUACUUAUCUCACCGAGCCUCUCGUUUUGCGUCCGUCUGUAACACACCUGCUACUCCCAAUCAGCGCGCUGUCUGCCGUGUUGCUGGGGUCAACUAACCCCGCUUUUUGUGCAGACAGCCCGCUCUGACUUACUCCUCUCCCCUUUUUAAGGCUCACAUUGACCGCAUUUCCCCAGCUGACCUCCGUGAUGAGGAUAGCGAGAUCAUCUUAGCCAUCGGAUUUGGCCCUGACCUCCUAAAAGAAGUCUACCCGGAGGCCUCCAAGAGGGGUGUCGAAUCCUUCAAUUACAAAGCACGUACCUUCAAAGGUGGCUCUAUGCCGGCGACUGGUAGGUUCGAGCGGGAUUGCCGCCUCACUCGCCUUCCUUUAUGCCCGUUUUCCUACCAUUUCUCUUGUUCUAGUCAGCCUGCAUCCCAUUGUACACCUUGGAUAAUCCUUUCCAUCGUCGGUUUCGCUAGCACGGUAAUUGCAUCUAUGCAAAUAUUUGCCUAGAUCUGUCGCUAUUAUACUGUGGGACUCGUUUUAGUGCCUAGUGCCCCGUUACUUUCCGUUUAUCUUCCUCUCUGGCGCUUGCCCGCAUGAACUUGAGUGUGGCUGUGAACGUCUGCACUGGUGACGGUAAUCCAUCUAAAGCGUAUAUUUCAACCACUGUUAAUGUCUCUACUUGCCGGAAAUCCUCCCCAACUUUCUAGCCGGUCAAAGUCCAGCUCGGGCGGGAUGACAUCCGGGAGUGUUCCUCCUUUGGGUCCACUUAGCAGGGCUUGCUAGCGGGGAGGAAUUACACAAGUUGGGAUCCCUGUCCUAUGUCCGUUCGACCGCCGUGAACGACAAUACCCACCGUACUCCCCAACGUUUGGUGCGUACAGGACGGUUCCUGUCUCCUCCGUCGUCUCCUGGAGAAUUGUGGUGGUUAAGACCCCACCAAUAUUUUACCUGCUGCUGAUAGUUCGGCCAUCUUGAAGAAGGAGACACGAUCGCCGGGACAGGAGCUUUAUUAGCCUGACGUUUCGGAUUCCUACUCGACUCCAUCAUCAGAGACAAAAGAGCAGAAACGGGUGAUUGUUGCACAAGGGGCUGCGGUAUUUAUAGGAUGCAGCAGCCAUGCUACCGCAUACCUAUGAACGUUCACGGCUUCCGCCUUCAUCCGGGAUUGUCACACUUGGUGUGAUCAUUGCUUGAUGGCCGACAUUCGAGUCGAUAAUUGCUGCAAUUUCAUCACGUGCGUUGGAUGUUGGCGUGAUGAUUGCUCGACCAUCUGACGCGUUGACCCGCGUGUUGGGAAGAGUGUUCACCAGUGCGCUCCCCGCGUGGCCAAUUGCUCCGCCUAGACGAAGUCUCAGCACGCUGUAUUGAAUGGGAAGAUCGUUGCACUUGUUGAUGGAUUGGGGGCCAGUAAACCAUGAUUCCAGUAGCUCCCGGCUCACUCGGUUGUCACCUCUUGCGAGCAUUUCGGCCUCAUCGAAUUUAAAUGUGUGGCCGGAUCUCGUCGAAUGAGCCGCAACUUGAGAGCUGGCGUCAUUUCUCCGCACUGCUGCAGCGUGUUCGGCCACUCGCGUUUUGAGCUGUCUUCCGGUUUCUCCGACGUAGUUGCUUUGUCCGCAACUGCACCAGAUCCGAUAAACGACUCCAGACGUUUCUUGCCGUGGCAGUGGGUCUUUUGGUUUCAUCAAUUGACGCCUGAUGGUUGCCUCUGGCCUGUGUGCCACUCCAACGCCACCAGCGUCCGAAACGUUCUUGACAUAUGGAAGCGCUCGCCAAACUUUAGUGUCCGUGCAGUUAGACCUUUCGUCCCUUUUGCGUAUGCACCGGUCGACGAAGUUGCGCGGGUAGCCAUUGGCUUUGAAGACCCGUCGGAGGUAUUGUAGUUCAGCAAUUUUGUCUUCCGGCUCACCGCAGUGCGUUUCGACACACCGAUAGAGCGUCCUUACACAACUGCGUUUGUGGCUGAUUGGGUGGUUACUGUUGAAGUUCAGUACUUGCAUCGCAUUUGUCGCUUUCCUGAACACUUUGGUCUUUAAUCCACCACAAUCCUUGCGGCAUACGAGGACAUCCAGGAAGGCCAGCUGCUUGUUCUCUUCCUCCUCCAUCGUAAAUUGAAUGUCCAGGAAGACGGCGUUGAGAUGUUCUUGGAAUGUCAACACCUGAUCCCGUUCGAUGACGACGCAGGUAUGUAUCAUCCACAUACCGGGCCCAGAAUUUCGGUCUGUGGUGUUGGAAGACCAGCGACUCUAACCGUUGCAGGACCGCCUCGGCGAUGAAUCUCGAAAUCGGCGAACCCAUUGGUGUGCCCUUCACCUGUUCGUAGAUUGUCCCGUCGAACCUGAAGUACGUCCUGAGACAGAGCUUCAGGAGCUGAAGGAUUUGGGCGUGUCCAAGACGGUUCUCCGUUUCAUCGUAUUUGCUUUGUAGUAGCAGUUGAAUUGUCUCGAUCGCCAGGUCCUGGGGAAUAAAAGUAAAAAGGGAUGUAACAUCAAAAGAUACCAUGACCUCAUUUGAAUGGAUGCUUACCCCUUUGAGUUUUUCCAGGAAUUGUGCUGACAAAGAGACCGUGGCGUCUGACUCAGCGGUCAGGAACUUGAGACGCCGGAACAGCCACUUAGCCAGUCCGUACGUUGGAGUCCCUUUGAGCGACACGAUGGGUCGGAGAGGAGCGCCGUCUUUGUACACCUUAGGGAGGCCAUAGAAUCGGGCCAAAGCCGUAUCUUGGGGUCCCGCCAUGCGUCUGUCGGUCGGUGUUAUUGCACCUGAGUUCUCCAGGGCCAACAACGUAGCAUUAAUUUCGCGUGUCAGCGCCUUUAAAGGGUUCGUUGCACACGGGACAUAGAACUGUCGGUCCUCCAGUAAACCUUUGGCUUUUUGAAGGUAGUCUGUCCUGUCCAGUACAACUGUGGCGCGUCCUUUGUCCGCUGGCACGAUGACCAGGUCUUUGUCGGCCUUGAGUUCUCUAAGCGCAUCACGUUCGACCUUGGAAAGCACUUCCCGCGGCCUGUGGGCCAUCAGGAAAGACGACACUUGGUGUCGGAUGAGGUUCUUAGUCUCCUCCGUUGCCUCCGUCUGACAAAGGAUUGAUUCCACUGCUGCAAUCAUGUUAACAGGUUUGGCGUCAGCCGUGUUAAAUGAAGCUCCGUGCCGUAAAACCAGCAUCUGAUCUUUCGUCAGCUCCUUUGAUGACAGGUUGUGCACCCGUUUGUCGUUUCUGGGCGACGUUGGAUUGGGCAGCUUUCGAAAUUUGUUCUCCAGUGCUGCGUCGCGUAUCGUGCUCUGUUCGCGGGCUUGUUCAGCUAUCCUCCGCCGGAGCAGAUUCGUACCGAUUUCACCCAUGAACUCACAGCAUCUGGUCUUUUCUUGGUCAAUCCUUUGACGGUACUUACGAAGUGUCGCUUGGCAAUCUUGGAGGAGCACUCGGAUCAUCCUUCUGCCGUGCUGAAAUACUGCUCGCCUCGCCAAAUCCGUGUUAACCGGUGGCUUGUAUGAAACACAUUAUUGUCGAGACACCUGUGCAGAAACCGGAUCUGCGAAUACGUAGAGGCCUCUCGAAGGGCGAAGGUUUCCCAUCGCCGGACCGGUCGGAGCGUAUCGCGCCCAAAUACAUUGCCAAUAGAAGCGAAGAGCCGAGUCCCAGGAAGUAGUCUUGAAGAAGGAGACACGAUCGCCGGGACAAGAGCUUUAUUAGCCUGACGUUUCGGAUUGUCUCUGAUGAUGGAUUCGAGUAGGAAUCCGAAACGUCAGGCUAGCAAGUCACAGUUCCUGCUCUCACCCUGAUGUGGAACAGACGGUGGACAUUGUCGGUAACGAUGGCCACGAAAUGUGACUCGUGGUUACUCGUUGCAUAAAUAAUCGGGGAGACAAGUUGGGUGAUUGAAACACAGCCCCAUCGACCGAAUACUUCCUGAAAAUUGAUAGCUUCUGAACACGCAAGACAUGUCUCACAUUCUUGAGGAAGAAGACACGAUCGCUGGGACAAGAGCCUAAUUAGCCUGACGUUUCGGAUUCCUGCUCGAACCCAUCAUCAGAGACAAAAAACAGAUACGGGUGGUUCAUGAAUAAGGGGCUGCAGCAUUUAUAGGACGCAGUCGCCAUGCUACCGCAUACCUAUGAAUAUUCACGGAUCCUUGCACGUGAUGUGAUGACUGUUUGAUGGCCGACAUUUGCGUCGUUUAUUGUUGCAAUCUCAUCACGUGCGUUGGAGCUGUCGGGACCUGCUUGAGUCAUGGUUUACUGGCCCCCAAUCUAUUAACAAGCGCAAUGAUUUUCCCAUUCCAUACUCAGUGCUCACCUCGCCUAAGCAGAGUAAUUGGCCACGCGGGGAGUGCACAGGUGGAUACUUUUCCCAACCCCAGGGUCGGUGGGUCAGAUGGUCGAGCCAUCAUCACACCAACAUCCAACGCACGUGAUGAAAUUGCAGCAAUUAACGACGCGAAUGUCGGCCAUCACACCACGUGCAACGAUCCAUGAUGAAGGGGAGGGAGCCGUGAAUAUUCAUAGGUAUGCGGUAGCAUGGCCACUGCAUCAUAUAAAUACUGCAGCCCCUUGUGCAUGAACCACCCCUGUCUGCUUUUGCCUCUGAUGAUGGGUUCAAGCAGGAAUCCGAAACGUCAGGCUAAUAAAGCCCUUGUCCCAGCGAUCGUGUCUCCCUCUUCAAGACUGCUUCCUGGAACUCGUCUCUUCGCUUCUCUUGACAAUGUCUCACAUUUUUACUAAGAGGACUGUCCCUCGCAUCUUGGCAGUUUGCCUUUCUGACUGAUCUGACUUCAAGGUUUCAGUUUAGUCGGGCGAAAAUCGCCGCCUGGCUGAUAUCGAUGGUAAAUUCCCUUUUUUGCCCUGUCGGAUGGGCCUAAGGCAGCGAAAGCUGUCUGCUCUCUGCCCUGACCGACCUCAAAACCGCGGUCGGGUGUGUUUUUGGAGGAUCUGCGGGUUCGACUGCAGCCCCAACACCGAUACCAAACCGUUGUUUUGAUCCCGGCUAGUAUUUAAUGCGUCCCGAUAGGGGUUCCGCGUUAAACACCCAAGAGGGAAAGUUUCACUCGCAAUUUUAAUACGUCAGGCAAAGGCCACACUAAAGCGUUUAUUUAAUAACAGGAUACCCCACGUCAGUUAGUGGCUUGUUGUCAGUGUUCAGGCUUUUUUCACUGAAGAUCGUAAUGCAGAUACGACACAAGUUACGCACUAUUUCGUAUUAACAUCGGAAAAGCUGGUGACUGUUUUUUUUCCGUUUCCGCGAUACUUCAUUGUUCCCUCUUUUUCAGGUGGUGACAUCUGGAUCCACGCCAGCUGUGCGGAGUACGGAAAGCUGUUCGAACUCUCACAGGCUAUUCAAUCUGAGGUCCCGCAAAAGGCGAUAGAGAAGACGGAAGAGGUCUAUGGUUUCCGCUACCAAAACGGAAGAGAUUUGAGUGGUUUCAUUGAUGGUAAAUGUUGCAGUUAGCUGCGAGCUAUUUUGGAAUGGCGAUGAAGCCCCAGCGCACGUGUUUAUGCGACUUUUUAAGUAUACAGCAAUAUUUUUCGAGUAACAGCACGUUUAUUUAUAACGUCGACGCUCGAUAAAUGUCGUGCAUCUUAUCUGAAGUACGCACUAUGUGUUUUGUAGACUUUAAGCGAAAGCGAACAGAAAAGUAAUAUUUAGAAUGAGAGUAAGUGAGCAGCCUCAUGAAGUGUGAACGGAAAUUCUGAAAUGUGAUUUCGAUUUGAAAGGAUGGUCAGAUAUGGUUAUGUAGCCCCACUUGAAGUAAUAACAACCCCAGCCACCUGUAAUACGGGACCGGUGGUAAUAAGGGUUUUUACUCGUGGGACCGGGGAGCGCACAGGCGACGAGGCCAAGUUGUUGUAUGCAAAAGAAAAGCUAUUGGGAAUUCGCGGUUAUACUUUGAGUGGUUGAGAAAUAGUUACCCUAACCCCAACAGCAUUUUGUCCAUCACGUGGGGCUACAUAACCACAUCUUACCGAAAGGAUUACUUAACUGGGAUUGUAAUAUUGAUUACGUGCGGAAUAACUAAGAAAUAUUUCGGUUACAUCAGGACAUCCGUUUUUGAAUGUCCUUUUUUCCUGUCUUUUUCAAAAACCGCACCUGUUAAAAUGACCAGUUAAGUAGUAUGGGGCUUUUCUAUUAAGUUUCGGCGUCCCCAUACAUCCAAAUAUUUUAUAGAAGAAAUUCGCAGAAACAUUCUUUUGGCGUUUACCUAGUAGCAAAUUGCGUCUUCCCCUAACUUUUUAAUGAACUUUGAAAAGUUUUUUCAUUUGCACACAAUUUCGAAUCCGAUUUGCCAUUUCAUUUGCUCUAGGAGUUUUGGAAAUCUAUGCUGUGUACUUUCAAUGUAAAAGUCAUACAUUUAUCUGAAUUAUUAAGGAAAUGUCUUAUAGGACUCACAACAAUUUACGAUAGGUGUGGAACAUGUAAAAUUAACAAGCAGCAUUAAUACAUGGUCAGACACGAUUUUGCAUGAGUAGACAUUAGGCAGUCCUUUGUAAAGCCGGAAGAUACCAUGUACAGUGAGUGACUGAUCUCAUGAAAUGCUGGCUAAAAUUCUGAAAUGCGUUUUCGAUUAGGAAAGAUUACUUGGUCGCGGUUGUGAUACUGAUUAUCUUGCGGCAUACUCAUAACAUUUCGGACUCGGCAGGAUGUCGGCUUUUAAAUGCACUUCUUUUCAACCUCCUGUAGAAGGUGUGCUUGGCAAAAAAUGACUACUUAAGUAGCAUGCAUUUUUCCCAUUGAUUUUCGAUGGUCGUGGAAAUUGAAAUAUAUUUUAUAAAAACCACGAACAAAAAUACGCUUUCUUUUAGUCAAUCAAUAGAGAAUCACGUCUUUAUAUUUUAUACUUAAAGAAGGAGUUUACAUAGGUUUUAAAAAAGUUUUUCAAUUGCCGAACUAUUUGGAGCCUGAUCAUUCGUUGCAUUAGCGCUUAGUGAUUACACUCUACAAGGUGCAUUCGUUCCGCGUAAAGAAAAUCACAUAUUUUUCUAUGCCAUUAAAGAGACAUCAUACAGAGUCCAUAAAAUUUUGCAAUUAAUGCGGACUAUGUUGUACAUUCCAUGAGGAGCAGUGGUAAACGUUCAGGUACGAUGCUAUGUGGAUGGACAUUUCGCGGUCUUAAAAAACCUCAUAAUUAGAAACUUUUUUAAAACCUUAAGUAUGAAAUAUAAAGAAGACGUGAUUCUCUAUUGAUCGACUAAAAGAAAGCCUAUUUUUGUUUAUGAUUUCUAUAAAAUAUAUUUGAAUUUCCAAGACCAUCGAAAAUCAAUGGAAAAUGCAUGCUACUUAAGUAGUCAUUUUUUACCAAACACGCUUUCUACAGGAGAUUGAAAAGAAAUGCAUUUAAAAGCCGACAUCCUGUCGAAACCGAAAUGUUAUAAGAGUAUGCCACAAGAUAAUCAGUAUUACAGCCGCGACCAAGUAAUCCUCCCUAAUCGAAAACGCAUUUCAGAAUUUCAGCCAACAUUUCAUGAGAUAGGUCACCCACUGUAUUUGAGUAUAAAGUUUAAGGAAGUCAAAAUUUGCCACGAAAUGAGUACAGGAACCAAUAGUUUUGUACAUGUUUUGCAUAAAAUAUAUUUGGAUUUAUAAGGGCAUCGAAAAUCAGCCAGAAAAAUCCAUACUACAUAAUUAUCCAGCUUUUAUGGGCUGUGGUUUUUACAGACAGUUGGGAAAAAGUACGUUUAAAAACCAUGAGUCCCGACGUGACCGAGGUAUCUACGGAUUAUACUGCACGAUAAUCGUUAUGACAACCCUACAUGAGCAUUCCUUUCCAAUCGAAAACGCAUUUUAGAAUUCCGGCCAACAUUUUAUAGGAUUGUGCAUAGGUAGUUGUAAGCCUUUUUCCCAAAUCCAAUAGAUCCCUUUUCAGAUUUUAAGGAGACGUAGUAGUAGUAGUAGUAGUAGUAGUAGUAGUAGUAGUAGUAGUAGUAGUAGUAGUAGUAGUAGUAGUAGUAGUAGUAGUAGUAGUAGUAGUAGUAGUAGUAGUAGUAGUAGUAGUAGUAGUAGUAGUAGUAGUAGUAGUAGUAACAGUAGUAGUAGUAGUAGUAGUAGUAGUAGUUGUAGUAGUAGUAGUAGUAGUAGUAGUAGUAGUAAGCCUUUUUCCCAAAUCCAAUAGAUCCCACUUCAGAUUUUAAGGAGACCUGCAUUUCCUACUUUAACACCGACGCGAGAAGAGCGUGCAAACCCUUGUAAGGAUUGUCCAUUGUUCCGUCUGGACUCCUCAUUGUAAGGACAUCGAUGCUGAUGAUGGGAAAAUCCCCAGUAUACUUCACAUUCCUGAGUUCGGACGGACUACUGAGGACUAGCUAAGGUGAACUGCGUUCGCUGUUGUUGUUGUAGUUUUUACUAACUGUUUGGCUAUUAUGGUUGCUCUCCGGUAGCACUGCGACCAACCACUUGCUCCUUUUCAUGUUGGUUUUUUUGUUUUGGACAGGAACCGAGAACCCAGCCGAUGCGGACGAGCGACAGGAAGUUGCAAUCAGCAAGGCGACCGGUGGUAGUUACGUCGUCACUCAGAGGUGGCUCCACGACUUCAGCACAAUCACCAAACAGCCUGGUAGGCCAUGAAAAUCCCUCCCUUUCGUCUCAUUUCGGGCUGUCUGUCUUGCUGCCUACAAACGGCGCUAUUAAUCCAAAUACUUCAAGCCUUUGUUAUCAGUCAGUGUAGGUUCGUGUCUUAAGCUGUAAUGUCUCCGGCAACCUGUCCUUUUUCUGAGUUCUGGCAGUACCUGAUGCAACCAAAAAAAACCUCCAACAUUGUCUGAUGCAUCAGCCUCUUUUGUCUGAGAGCACGCAUUACUGUGUGACGUUCUAUCACCUUCCGAAGUUCCCAAAACGGGCGAGAGGUAGAUGCGGUGUAUCAACACGAGUGACUACAGUGAGUGACCGAUCUCAUGAAAUGUUGACUGAAAUUCUAAAAUGCGUUUUCGAUUAGGAAGGAUUUCUUGGUCGCGGUUAUAAUACUGAUUAUCUUGUGGCAUACUCUUAAAACAUUUUGGACUCGGCAGGAUGUCGGCUUUUAAAUGCACUUCUUUUCAACCUCCUGUAGAAUGCGUGCUUGGCAUAAAAAUGACUACUAAAGUAGCAUGCAUUUUUCCCAUUGAUUUUCGAUGGUCUUGAAAAUUCAAAUAUAUUUUAUUGAAACCAUAAACAGAAAUAUUCUUUCUUUUAGUCAAUCAAUAGAGAAUCACGUCUUCCUUAUAUUUUAUACUUAAGGAAAGAGUAUAAUUAAGUUUUAAAGAAGUUUUCUAAUUGCCGAAUAAUUUGGAGCCUGAGCAUUUGUUGCAUUAGCGCUUAGUGAUUUCAUUCUACAAGGUGCAUUCGUUCCGCAUAAAGAAAAUCACAUAUUUUUCUAUGCCAUUAAAGAGCUAUCAUACAGAUUUCUUGGUCGCGGUUAUAAUACUGAUUAUAUUGUGGCAUACUCUUAUAACAUUUUGGGCUCGGCAGGAUGUCGGCUUUUAAAUGCACUUCUUUUCAACCUCCUGAAAAAUGGCUACUUCAGUAGCAUGCUUUUUCCCAUUGAUUUUCGAUGGUCUUGCAAAUUCAAAUAUAUUUUAUAAAAACCACAGACAAAAUAUGCUUUCUUUUGGUCGUUCGAUAGAGAAUUGCGUCUUCUUUGUAUUUUAUACUCAAAGAAGAAGUGUGAUUAAAUUUUAAAAAGUUUCUAAUUAUGAGAUUUUUUAAGACUGUGCAAUGUCCAUUCAUACAGCAUCGUACAUGUCCAUUUACGACAGCUCCUCGUGAAACGUACAGAGUAGUCCGCAUCCACUGCCAAAUUUUGUAGACUCUGUAUAAUAUCCUUUUGAGGCAUAGAAAAAUGUGAUUUUCUUUACGCGGAACGCAGGCACCUUUUAGACUGAAAUUACUAAGCGCUAAUGCGACGACGGAUCAAGCUCCAAAUUAUUCGGGAAUUAUAAAACUUUUUAAACCCUUAAAAGAUUAAAAAGCGGUGCAUUAACGAGCUGACAUCCUGCCGAGUCCGAAAUAUUAUAGGAUUAUGCUGCAUUAUAAUCAGUAUUAUAACCACGUCUAAGUAAUCCUUCCUAACCGAAAACGCACUUCAGAAUUUCGGCCAAGAUUUCAUGAGAUCGGUCAUUCACUGUAGAUUGGGGUACGGCAGGCGUUAUUGGACAGGCCCACCCUUAAGAGACGUCAAAAUUGCGUGAGUGACGAUACGCGGCGCCCGUGUUUUUGCAUUACAUCCUGGUCAAGUGUACAUUGUGGACCAGGUGGUGUGGUGGUACACCUAGGUGCGGGUUUUUGCCGUACCAGACUCCGGUCUUCCUAACUCUGUAUUAACAGGCUGGGGGUGGGGUGGGAGAAGAGUGUGGUAGAUGCUACUAAAGUCUACUGUCGCAUUAAAUUACUUUAAGUUCAAUUCACCGCCUCUGCUCUCACCGUCAGCAGGGACGGUCGAACUGCCGAAAACCCCUCCUACUACGUUUACUGCCACAUUCGUUACCACCACUAUUACUAAUAAUAAUAACGGUACUACUACUACUACUACUACUACUACUACUACUACUACUGUCGUCAAUAUUGGCGCUGCCGCUACUACCAGUAUUACUGCUGCCACAAAUACCGCCAUUAUUAUCUGUUCAACCGUCCUAUACGGUGAUUUUUACCGUGUUCCCCGCUGCAUGACGAACGCAGAGCGGUGGCUUGCGCGUGAAUUAGUUUUUGAUGAUAGCAGACUGGCGCGCUAUCUGCCGCAUUCUCUUCUCCCUCCCUCACCUUGUCCCGGUAAUGCGACAUGAGUCGGGAUGACCGGUGGCCGUCCCAUGCGCAGUGACGGACAGAACUAUACGACUACGCGUGCCAUACACGCGCACAAUGCGCUACUUUUUCAAAAAUGGGACGGCCGGGAUUUCGCCUUAGUAGAAUCGCCAUAAAGGCUGCAUUAAGAAGGGACCGUUGAGUCUGGCUUUAGUCCCGAGCCCGUCACAUAUGCGCGUACUACACACACCAACACUACUAUUAAUAUUACUAAUGCUACCGCCAUUUCCAAUACGAUUGCUACUGCUGUUGCUAUCACUACUACUAAUACUACUAUUAUUGUUACUACUACUACUACUACUACUACUACUACUACUACUACUACCACUACUACUACUACUUUUUCUAUCGCCGUUGUUACUGCUGCUGCUGCUGCUCCUGCUGCUGCUACAAUCCUGUUGCUAUUAUCGCCAUUACUGCUACUAGUAUAACUGGUGCCAGUAUAGCAAACAUUAUCGGGGAAAUGGGACGUCUCACAUACUGCCUGCUAGUAACGUUACUCUUGUCGCUGGCGUUAUUAGCUGAGCGUUAUUCAGUAGCGUCUUCUGAGCAGCUCAUGAACCUGAUGUUUUGACUCAGGUAUCGUUGGUGUUUCUCUUAUCUCGGCUAAAUAGACUAGUCAUUUGUCGUGGUCCGAUUUCCUUAUCUUCAGUAGAAGAACAGUUUUCAGUAGGUUAAAAUUUUGUCUAAUUCUCGACCAGAUUCUAUACAACAAACCCUUAGCCAAUGGUGUCAAACCAAGUAAGCCUUAGAUGCACAUGUCAUCUGUUCCAGUGAGAUUAAACGUUCGACUGUAGACCAGCUGAAGCCCGUGGUGGUAGUGCGAUUCCCAGAUCCCACUGAUCGACUUCCAUCAAAAAAACGAUCGUUCUAUAGACCAAGUUGUCUUCACAGACAGACAGACAGACAACUUCGCCGUUUUCCAUCCUUUGAGCAGCAGCCGUCGCCACCACUACCAUCACAGCUGCGUUGUCCGUGUCAGACUUUUUUCCCUGAUGCGCCCCCAUUGCAGAUGCUCUGCCUCAACCUCGUCCACUUUGACGUUUUCUUCAAAUCUGCAACUAUUGUGAAUGCAAAAGCUGGAAGCUGAAGGCUUCUUUUCCCUGUUUUUUUUUUUUAUAGUCAAGACUAUGGAGGAUUGGAUUGGUCGUACGAAGGAAGACAGCAUAGAGAUAAAACCGGUGGCCGUCCACUCCCAUGUGGGCCGUAUGACAGCAGGUAAGGAACCCCCGACCCCCUCCCUCCCCUUGGCUCCCCGCAUCCGUCGAUGUGUGCUUGCACAAGCAUUUCCUUGUAUUCUGAUAUUGUCACCAGACUGUGAAUAGGGAACCAGACCGACCGAUGUUGGUUUGAACCAGUCAGCAAGCAGCCAGCUAUCGAUAAGUGCAAAGCUGCAGUUCCCGGUCCCCGCUUCUCAAAUGUUUCCAGUCGUACAAGCCGCCACCACUGUUGCAAUCACAAGCAACCACCAUUUAGUAAAGCCACGGAGCACGUCAAUGUCAUCAAUGACAUCCUCCCAACGUUCUCGACUGACCACGCGUCCGGUCGCCUCAAAUACAGGUCCAUACGCACAGCUUGAGUGAGCAUCCGAUCGACAGAAGGUCUCACUUCCCGUCCAAAUUGAAGGCUGUACGCUCAGUCUAGCCUUUUUUUACUUCUGGUAAUCACCGGCUGAAUUAGCGUAGUGGGAGCCCGGUCAAGCUAAGUAACCUGGUUUCCGUUCUUCAACAGUUGGUCCUAAUAGGCAUCUGACUCACUUAGUUGGUAACCACAGUCCAUUGCGUAUAUCGAGCUGCAGUUUUAGAUCCCGAAGCGAACAUCAUUUUUGCGCUCUUUAAGUCCUGAUUUCGAUUGCGAAUGCUAGUUUUCAUCUAAAGACUGGGAAGCUGGAUGAUGUCUUGCCCAUUUUUAAUGGAAUUUCUUCUAGACUCCAUCUACAGGCUUCUGUAGGUCACUAAGAGGUCAUCCGAAAUAUGCAUGUUUUGAGCUUAUAGUUAAGUUUUUCCGUCAGUUAGCUAGGGGAUGAAACUUCUUCCUAUCGUAUCUAGUACCGAAAAGCAACUUGACCGAUUAUGCAGUUGUCUUUCACGCUACUGCAACUUCUUAAACACGGGCGGUCCCUGCAAUCAGUCCCAGUGUCCCGAGACCCGACGGCUGCCCCCUCUGUUGCCGGCAUUACGCGGGCAAUUUUCUUUAGCCAGCAGCACCUUGCUUACGUGGACCAUCAGCUCAGCUGACAGCUGGUUUCUCGCCGUCGUUCGUACCAUUCCAUCAGUUCACCUGUUGCGGGCAAUGAAGUCGCUAGUAGUCUGCCCAACUUGCUUGACCAACUUCGUUCUCCUCCAGCGUCUGUGCAACCUGUUCCCCAACUGUCAGCGAAAACAGAAGCCUGUCAGAGGCUUUGUGUGGCUUGCAUACGUAGGUAACGUCCCACACAUAGGGGGUGGGCGAAAACAAUCACUUCUGCGACCUUCGUUUCAAAUCCCCCCCCCCCAGUUAGUUGUCUUAUGCGUGCACUAUAUCGUGUCCACCUCGUGUUUAGAGGAUGUCCCCCCCCCCGCUGUCAGUUCUUUUCGUCCAAUAUGAAUCGAGGUGGGUGUUUACACCAGUUGGUCACUGGCCUUGUGACGCUAUGGAUCCCAAAACAGACUACGCGGUAGAUGAGCUGGACUAACGCGGGGGGGCCAUAUUGGAUUCUGGCAGGCGUUAUCGGGGAUACACACUCAUAACUGCAGCGUAUCCUUCCCGGGCCGUCAGGACAUCAUGCCACAAACGCCUGACAAGCGAACGAUCAAGGUCAUGACCCCCUGUUCACACUUUCUUUGUGCUGAUUGGCCACCCAUCAGCCUAUGGCAGUCCCCCUUGCUAUAUAACCGACCGCUUCCACAAGCCUCCUCACUUGUGCUGUUUACCGUACUCGGUAAAAGUCCUGUUUCGGUUAGAUGAUAGUUGGUAGCCGUCCUGACACCGCAAACUCCCAGCUGCCUGUCAAUCGGGACCGGUGGUAAUAGGGGCUAUACGGGUGGGACAAUUGAGUGGACGGGUAAAUGGCGAUUGUAGUAUAUGCUCGCAAUUGACGCUCCUGAUAAAGUGGAAGCCUAAUUUAGAUUAUGUGAAAAAUACAAGGAAGGUAUGGAAAUGAGCAAGGAGAUUUUGAACGGUGUGCAGAAUAAAUGCAUCCUAGCCUCAGAUUGGAAGGAAAAGCAAGUGAAGGCGAACAACCAAUGGGAAGAAGGCAACUGGUCCGAAGGUCAUUCCGCAGUGUGUGCGAUAGAACUCCAUCCAACAUAAUGGACAGAAGAACACGAAAGUCAAACAGCGGCACGCGGGACGCCACAACGCAAGCCGGGUAAGACUUUUAUGCGAAAAAUUGGGUUGGGCGGAAGAUAAAAUCUGCAAAUAAUGAGGCAGUCGAAAGCUACCUCUGCUAAUGAAAGUUGAUAAAGGGUAAGCCUCAUUGUUAUCGUUCCCGGUGCCAAUCCGCCCCGGAUAGUACCUCCACAAUGAAUCUGGUACAGGUAAUACAGCACGCACGUAAAUUUAGAAGCAUAAUGAGAACGUAAUCAUAGCUACUGAAAUCAAGCCAGUAGGUACAAUUCUGGAUUCUGUGGACACGGUUGCCAACUACCUCUUCUAAUGACAGUUUAUAUAGGGUAAGCCUCAUUGUCAUCGUUACCGGUGCAAAUCUGCCCAAGAUAGCACCUCUAAAAUGAAUCUGCUACAGGUAUUACAGCAGGGGCAUGAAUUUAGAAGCAUAAUGAGAACGCAAUCACAGCUACUGAAAUAGAGCUAGUGGGUACCAUUGUGGAGACUGCGGGCACGGCUACCAACUAUCAUCUUACCCCUAUUUCCAAUUAACCUUCUGCUUUGCAUACAUAACAAUAACAAAUGCCUAUUUUUGGUGUGCGGUGGCAGGCCCAACUGCUGGCUCAUGUCGCGUCCAUUGGAACCCUUGCCGCCCUCCCGUUUUUCGUUUUUGGUUAAAAUCCUGAUCGAGUGUUUUUUGUGGACCAUGGGGUGUGGCGGUACGCCUAGAUGUGGAUCCGGCUUUGUCAGUUACCUGCGCCCUCUCCGGUUUUUCGACUUUGUCUUGACCCCGUCUCUAGGUUGAAGAAGAGGAGGGGGUGUGGUAGAUGCUGUGUAAGUCUACUCUCACUAUAAAAAAAACCACUUGGAAGCCAUCGUGCGUGCUGUCAUCGUGCUGUGUUGCACACGAUGGCAAGACGGUUAAACUGUCGACGUAACGUACCAGGCCAGGUCUGCUAAGACAUACUAACAUCCUCCCGGAUGGCGAUGGAAUACGGUUAACCUUCAUGCAUCAUUUAUUUCAUCUCAGACUAGCCUACUCUCCACUCCGCAUUUUGUGGUCCCACCGUAAAACGGUUUAUAAUUACUCUAUGGCUGUUUUUCCCGCAUUAAUGAUGAGAAUGAUACUGGUGUUCAAAUGCAGAAUUAUUUACUAUACUUACAGCACCAGUGCUAGUGUUUCGCUGAUCUUGUGCCGCCACGUGACGCGACUACAGGAGGUAAGACCCAUCAGUUGGUCCCCCAUCGUUCCUCUUAUUCUUUCUGACGUAGGAAAUCAACUUCCGCGGAAAUUACUGCGCGAACUGGAAGUAAUUACUUGAGCUUAAAUCUGUUGGCCAGUAAGGCUGUUGGCGGUGACGAUGAUCAGAAGUUUUUGUCUGCUCAAUCCAGGUUUCGGUGUGUUUUAGGUCUCUCGGAUGCCGAAGCCGACUCAAAGCGCAUAGUGCGCCACUCCAUGCCCUACGGAAGUGUCACGGGGGAAGCGGGCCUCUUUUUCAUUGGCUAUUCUUCCACGCCCAAAACCCUGGAUUGGAUGCUUGACCGCAUGGCGGGUUUAACUCCCGACGGGACUGCAGAUAGUCUCUUUAACUUCACCAAACCCCUCACUGGCACCUACUUUUAUGUGCCCAGCCAAGUUGAGCUGCAGGAAAUCUUUAAGAAGUGCUCCAAGUAA